GGCUCAGGCCGCGGGGAUACCCCCGCCCGCGCCGCCAUGCAGCGGCGCGAUGACCGCUGCUCUUCUUCAGAGGGCUGCGCGCGGGUGGCGCUCGAGUUCACCAACAUCAAUUCUCCGGUGACGGUCACCAACAUCAACGCGCCGGUGACGGUCCUUGUCAACGGCCGUACCCAGGUUCCCCCCGACGUGCUGCUGCGGCAGGCGCACGAGCAGCUGCAGCAGCAUGCCGGCACGGCGCACUGCGGCCCCGAGGUGACGGACCACCACCUGUGCCAGCAGGGCCGAGGGGCACGGCGCACCAUGCCCGAGGUUGCGGCCAAGCCUCGGGCAUCUGGCAGCGGACCUGGCUGCUACCUGCCCGACCUGGUCAUCGUUUUUCCGCUGCAGGGGAGCAGGGUGAUCCCGGCGCGCAAGUUGAGCCCUCUGCUUCAGGACGUGCUGGUGCUGGACGACGGGGCCGACGACGACGACGUCCUCGGCGGCCAGAUAGGCAUCUACUACGAGCUGAAGAAGCUGAGGGCUCGCGGCACGGACGUGACGCUGCAGGAGGUGCGGGAGGCGUUGCUCGCAGACCUCAAGAGGUAUCUGGCCAAGCAGUACUGCAGCAUGCAGUCCUUCCAGUCCCGCGACGACGACGAGCAUUUCCUCCUCAUCUCUCUGGGGGACCCCCUGCUGAAGGCUCAGGACGACGACGUGGCCAAGACCUUCGCGCACAACAAGCGCUACAGCUUCCAGACGAACUUCACUGCGACGAACGCGAGCGAAAAGCUGAAGGUGAAACAAAGCAUGACGUCCGAGCUGGACGCCACGUACCUGGAGUUCGACAGAGACCUAGUGGAGGACGCCGAGGACGUCUUUGGCCUGUUCAAGCACGAGGGGUCAAAGUCGAAGAUUUUGGGCCUGUUCAGACAGUACUCGGACGGCCUCGCGGGCACCCCCGGGUCAUUCAUGCGCACGGUGGACCGGGUGAGGCUUCUGGUCGGCAGCCUCGAGCAGCUCUUCGACCUGGAAGAUUGCCAAGGCCAGGGCGUUAUCUCCACCUACUACGCGGUGCACAAGGCCACGAAGUUGCGCGAGUUCCGGUGGGGCCAGCAGCCUUCGAGGGCCGACUUCCGGAUGGGUCACGUCCCUUGGGCCAACUUCCGAGUUUGCGAGACUUUGCAGGGAAUUCUGCCCCAAUACGGCCCUCCCGUCCAGGAGAUUCGAGAUUAUUUUGGCGAGAUGAUCGGAUUCUAUUUUGCGUGGCUGCACUACACGACGAUGGCGAUCGUGUGGGUACUGCCCUUCGCCGUGUGCUUCGACGUGUUGACACAGAUACACGACGAGCGCGAGACGCCUGAGCAGAAGCGGAUCGUCGCGGCGAUAUACCUUGGCUCAGCAGUUUGUCUUUCUGUGUGGAGUGACAUGUACCUCAAGUUCUGGGCGCGGAGGGCGAACCACUACAAGGAGUUGUGGGGGCUAUCCAACCUGGACUCGGGCGAUGUCAAGCGGCCAGACUACAGGGGCGACCCGAAGCCGAACCCAGUCAACGAGAACGUGCUAACAAAGGUCUACAACCCUUGGUUCCAGCGGGGAGUGGAUUGUGUUGCUAUUUCUGUCACCUCAAUAUUCCUCGGGGUGGUAAUGGCCACCGUAGUGUGGAUCUAUGAGCAGGAGGACACGCUGGGCAAGUUUAUUACAUCCAACCUUCUUUCGGUACAGAUAU